AUGGCGGAGCCGAGGACCACCCCCCCUGUGGUCCGUUUGGACCUGAACAACUUUGACCUGGCCCAAGCAGAGAGGAGUCGGUAUGUGUUAACCAGUCCGCGCUCCCUGGAGUCCUGCGCGCGGCUCGGUAUCAAACCUGUUCAACUUCUGAUUAAAUCACUAAACGAGUUGAUUGCUGAACAGAAGGACUCGCCCUUUGAGGCGGUGAGAGUUAUGCAUGAAUCCUACGAAAGGGAGAGAAUGAAGCUUCUACAAAUGUGCCGAGAGGAAAGGGAGAGGAUUAUCCAGGCGACAGGGGACAGGUGGCCGGCCAGAAACAAAGUCUCAGGCCUGGAAGCCAAACUGAAGGAUCAUUCAGUGCAGAGACAGUCCAUACCAUAUGCAGAUCUGUGCCUUCAAGGGAAACCUGCUAGCAUGUCCUCCUGUUCUGCUGCUAGUCACAAAGACCCAGACAGGAGCACGGUCUGCAGCUUCAGUCUGGGAGAGCUCACACAGUCCUCAGCUACUGAGAGGAAACUGGACAAGCUCACCAAGGACAUCAAGAAGGAGAUGUGUGUCACAGUGUCAGAGAGAGACCGCAAGAUAGCAGCUCUCAUGCUCGUGAAGCACCAGGAGGAGCAGACUCGCCUCAAGCUCUGUCAGCAGGAGGAAGAGCAACGAGAGGAGGCCCGAAAACAGGAGGAGGACCAGCGGGCUCAGGCAGAGAAAAGGAGGAGGAAACGACUGAAACAGAGUAUGAAGCACUGGCAUGAGGAGCUGGAGGCCCGCAGGAGGCUGAGGGAGCAUCAAGAGAAAGAGAAAGCGGGACAACUCAAGCAGGAGGUGCUGCUGCAAGAAGACCGCUGGAGGAGGCUGAAAGAGGAGGUGGAGGCACAGCGCAGAGAGAAGAUGGAAGCUGCACAGAAAGAGGCAGAGGGGCGCAAACGCUACCAGGAGAAGCUGCUGAGAGAGAGGCAGGAGGUGCAGAGAAGGGAGCAAGAGAAGGAGAGAGAGGUAGCAGUGGAGAAGGAGCAGAAGGCCAGGAGGAGCAAAGUGCUGCUGGAGAGGAAGGAGAGGAAGAGGCUGCAGGAGGAAAACCACAGGGAGCUUCUACGACACAUCCUGCUGAAACAGCAGGUGGAGCAGCAGGUGGAGGACGAGGAGGCACAGAUGAAGAGCACCCUUGAGAAGAAGCUGCAGCACUCCUGUGAGAAGCGUGCCCAGGCAGUAGAGGAUCGGAUGAGGGAGCUGCAUGAGCGGGGGGCCCGGGAGGGGGAGCAGAUUCAGAGAGCGCAGCUGAAGGCCGAGCUGCAGAGCGUCCAGCAGCUCACACACAAACAGAUGCUGGUCCAGCUGAGCCAGCGUCGCAUGGAGAGAGCCGCCCUGAACGCCUCGGCCCAGCUCAGGAACAGGGUUCAGCAGACACAUCAACGCAACACACACAGGCAGAUCUGCCACCAGAGGCUCAGAGAGAGGAUGCAGAGAGAGGAGGAAGAAUUGAGGAAGGUCCGCGAGAGCUGCAUCUUCAUGAAGGAGUGGAGGAGGGAGAGGCUGCGGAGACAGCGAGAGAGAAUACAGGAGGAGGCGCAGACGCUGGCUCGGGCCUCCUUUCACAUGAGGGAGAGAGUGAGACAGCAGAUACACAGACGAACCUUUGAUCAGAUGGCUCUGGAGGCUCAGCUGGCUGCCUCCAUGAUACGCAUGAAACUAUGA